AUGCGGGACUGCCUGGCGAGCAGUGGGCAGGCGGACUGUACGGAUACGGAGCAUUUCAUUAGCAACGACGACGAGGAGCUGGUGGCUGCCGGGUGGGUUGCCGGCGAGGUGCUCGCGCAGGCGCUGAGUAAUUGUAGAGGGGUGAGUGGCCGCAAGGCGUUCAUGGCGUCUCUCUUCAACCAGCGCCGGUGUGUGGUGGACGACCUUGUGGUUGGGGAGUAUGGUGGGGAGUGCAAAGGCGCGGCGGCAUCGCAAGGUGCCACCUGCCGCCGCAACGAGGGCGGCCGCACGGUGUACAUGAAACGUUUCGUGGAGGGCUACCGGGCAGAGGCAGUCGGUGGGGGGCGUAUGGCGUUUCGGUUGUCAGAUUGCAACGUUUCAAACGCUUUCAUUGCCGCAGGUGUUCGGUGGGGUGCCCCUUCUGAUGGCUGGUGGCGGUGCUGCGCAACAUGCGAUGCUGGAGGUGUGGUGGGGUUUCCGUUCUUUCUCUUUCGCCGCGCUUGA